GGAAGAUGUUGACUCCGAGGGCCCUUGCGAUCGCCAUGAUCAAAGCAGCGCCCCCGGAAACGUUCCAGAUGAUGCGCUGCCAUCCGUUCUGGUCUGGGAACGGUUGGGAAGGCUCGGAUAAGUCUCUUGCGGCGUCAAAAAUUCCCGACACAAGCAAGGAUGGAUGGGAAAACAGCCCGGAGAUCGCAAGUUUGACGCCCUAUGUCAGUAUGUACUGGACCGAGUACAGCCAGCCGGCCGGAAGCUAUCUUCUGUUGAAGGUAAGCCUAGGCGAUUGUAGUAUGCGAUCACUUGUUACCUAUACCUGUGGCCUUGAGCAGUGAAGCUGAUCUUGUGUUGCCCUCGUUUUGUCAUCGUCUUUCCACGUAGUUCAGGCACUUGUGCUUGCACACGUAUUUUUACAACUCACGCUCAGGUUCCGCAGAUGUGCAAAGCGAGUUCCAGUCGAGACGUGGCGUGGCUGUGCCGCGUUGAGCCAACUUCCUACGAGAUUUUCCGUCGCUUCGCCAACCGGCCGCCCGGGCUGAGCAACAUGACUCAGACUCCCCAGCACCCCAUGUUCCAGCUGUACCCACAGAAGAACGCCGGCCCUCGGCAACCCUCACCCGAGCAGCAGGAGCAGCUGAAGAAGCUCCCCCCAGUGUUGCUUGAGCAGUACCGCCUGGUGACCGUCGUGGCCCGCGUCGAUUCGGAGUUUGCUAAAGGGCUCAACAGGAGGCAUCGUCGAACGACAGUUCGCAUGAACGAUGAGCAGGUGCGUAAAUUGUUGAAGCACUGCGGGGUGUUGAGUCAUGGGGACGGCUUUGAGAAAAACGCGCUUUUGCAAUCGCACUCGCAGUCGGCCACAUCUUCUUCCGGUAAUAAAACGAAAAUGGAUCAAGCGGACCAUCACGAAGACAAGCGGACCACCAUGGUGUCGUCGCAGGACAAUGACAGAGAGAACAGUCUUCAUCUCGGAAACAGGGAUGUUGGAGGUGGUGCCGGUAUUUCGUCUUCGCAGCUGCAAUUACUUGCAGGCGGGGGAGAGCGGGAAACACGAAAAGUCACAGGCGUAGAGGGAAAGACACCUCUUGGCGUCGACGAUCAGAGGAUGUUUCAACUUCUCGACGACUUUUUCGAGAAAAAGAAGGGCGUGAAGACGAAAGCACUGACGCAGACUCGUAUCGGGUCACAGAAGAAUUGGGUAAAAAGCUUGAGUCUGGGCGUCGCCAAGCAUUACCACAGAGGCUGCGUCCCAACGAAGCACAUGAAGAAAUUGUCCAACGACGAAGAUAAACGCAGGGUCUGCGAAGAGAUAGCGCAGAGCCUGAAUAGUGACCAGAGUCGAAUUCGCCAUUUGCGUGCAACGAAAAAGACGGCUGAAUCCGAGGCAAGUAAAACAACAAGUAGUAGGCCCACCUCCACCACUGCCCGGCAGCGCCAAGCUGCGACGUCAAAUUCAGGUUUCACCGUCGGCGAAAAUGUAACGCCGUUCUACUACAGCUCUGUGAACAUCCACCAGAAAGCAACAACGAAGCCCCAUUUCGACAAGGGAAAUUUUGGCGACUCUGUGGUGCACACCGUAGGGCGAUUUCGCGGAGGCGGGCUCUUCGUUCACGAUCCAAGCGUGAAACUUUCCGACCUCGACCCGAGCCUACCCCAUAUUCACGAUCCGGUCGAUGGCCGGGCGGUCCGUCUGGAAGUUUCAGCAGAAUUAGCGGAAAACAAGAAGGAGCGGAACGGGUUGCGUGGCGCCAAGCUCCACGAACAGAUGGAAGACGAGGCUCAAGAAGAACAUCUUGACUCUACGAGCGGGUCGUCGUCGUCCUCAUCGAGCAAAAGAAAAAAGAUAAAGAAGUACUACAUUUUCGGACGGGAGUACCGCGCGAAGUUCUUACGGUUGAAUGCGAGCCAGAUCCUGCACGCUACGAUGCCGUUUGAGGGCGAGCGGUAUUGUCUCGUGUACUUUCUCCACACCAGCCUGCCGGACCUUCGCACGCGGCAAGGGAGGGGACCCGACGACUUUGUGGCGUUGCUGGACUACUUGAUUGGUUUGGGCUUUCCGGUGCCAAGAUCCGCGGAAAGCGAGUUUUGGCCGGCGGUGGAUCUUGCGCCGUCGAUGAAUAGCAACCCUGCGAAUAAAGGGGCCAGCGGCUCUGCCGGCUCGGAACAGGAAGUGAUCGAUCUAACCCGGGAGCCGAGCGAGGUGAUCGAGCUGAGCAGCUCGUCAGAAGACGAGGACGAGGCGGAGUGAAGGCCUUUUGUCGACGACAGUGCCGGCCGUUUUUCUUCGGGCUUUAGCUUGAAGGUUUCCACCUACACAAGCUGCCAGAGGCAUCGCAGCCAUAAGGUGCAAUACAUUUUUGCGACACUGAAUCCUCCUCACACAUGCUAGUGUGUCUAUCGAUUCGGAUUCUAUUUGUUGAUCAUCUCCGUCGCCUUCAUCUAGAUUCAUAUUCCUAUUUCAACAAUCAAGACCAGCCUUGAGCAUAGCUAGCUUUAACUUUCUUACAAUGACGAACCGCAAGAGUUUUUCUUUUUCAAAUCGCGAACGCAGCGUGUUAAACAGAACGUGACAUUAUGAGGAGGUGGCGCUGUAUUGACAU